GGUGUACGCAUGCGCAUUUGGGCGUCGCAGCAGUGGUUGAGGGACGAGCGGACUCUGGAAGCUACAAUUAAGGUUGACGCCUCAGCGCCGAGGACGGAAUAAAGCCUGAGGCUUAUCUUCCCACAUUUUAUUUUACGUUCUCUGAAAAUGUUUUAAUUCGGACGGUGCGGUAUUUUGCUUCACGAAACAACGUACAUUGCUGAGGCUGAAACAUGUUGAGGGCUUCCAAGAAAGUGGCUCCGCCGUUAAAGAAGUGCCUUUGUGGUAAAUCACAACUCCGUCCUUUGCAACAGUAUCGUGGGUAUCAAACUAGAAGUAAUGUUGGUGUCUCAGUGGGCAAAAUUGUUGGAGGGAGUGUCCUAUUUAUUGGAGGAGGCCUUGGUGGCACUUUAUUAUAUGCAAAGUGGGAUCCUAAAUUUCGACAGAAUGUAGAGAAAGCCGUCCCAUACUCUGAUAAAGUGUUUGAAUUAACCCUUGGGCCUCCAUCAGUUGGCAUGCCUCCAAAGAAACAGGAUAUGGCGGGACCAUUGAAAAUAUCAACAACUGCUGAAGUGCUGAAAGAUUCCAAACAGCCGAAAACCAUGCGAAAUAAAGAUAAAGAAGCUUUACCCAUUGAAGAGACUGCAGAAGAAAAUUCUUCUAAAGAUGCAGCUGCAAUUAUUUCUGCUGUUGGUGAUGCCCCAUCAGUACCUGCUCCUGUGGUCCAAGUUGAACCAGGUUCAGAAACUAUGAGUGAGCAUGAAAUGGAACACAAAAAUGGUAAAAGCUGUGGUUGUGAAAAUGAAGGCUUGAAGGGACAACACGUAGAAGAACGUUCACCUGAAGAGGUGGCAAAGCAUCUAAAGCAGAAAGACCAUGAGAUGCAUGCCAAAGUUGUAGCAAUAACUUCAACUUUGGAGGACGCUCUUGGCAAAAGUGCUCAACUGACACUCCAGGCAAUUGAAGCUCAGGAUUCAGCAGUUAAAGCCAUUACCUCUCAUGCUAAGAGACUGAAGGAAGCCAUGGAUGAUUCUGAGCAUUCUGCAGACCGAAAGUCAGAACAAUGGCGAGCUUUGGAAGAUGCACUAAGCACUCGUAACAAGGUUGUAGACAGAGCAGCUGAAGCACUGGCAAAGGCCAGGGAAGAACUGAAUAAACUUCGGAAUACAAUUGAAGAAGCUAAAGGUGCUCAGAUCCCUGAUGUUAGACCACAGCUUCUAGCUGCAGAAAAAAAUCUUAACAACAUGGUAAUAGAUCUGGAUGAUGUAGUAAAGAAGGUUGAGGCAGCUCAGUCAGAAGCCAAAAUAGUUGUUCAGUACAGUGAACUGGUGGCUACAGCCAGGGAUGAGUUCAGGAAAGAACUGGAAAGCAUCACUCCAGAGGUACAAACUGGCUGGAAAAAUCUCACUGGCCAGCUGAACACUGAUGACCUCAAUUCUUUGAUUGCCCACGCCCAUCGUCGCAUUGACCAGUUGAACAAGGAACUGGCCGAACAGCAAGUUCGAGAGAAGCAGCGCAUUGAAAAGGCACUUGAGCAUCAGAAAUUGGAGAAUAAGAAGGCUUUAGAAAUAGCAGUGACAAAAGCCCUGGAACAUUAUCAAUCAGAAAGGCUUCUGGAACAGGACAAAAAGAUUGAAGAAGUACGUGAAGUGAUGGAGGCAGAGAUGCGAACCCAACUACGUAGGCAAGCCGCUGCUCACACUGAUCAUCUGAGGGAUGUACUGAAAGUUCAGGAACAGGAGUUCAAAGGGAAAUAUAAGGAGGAGCUACAACAGAAAUUAUCGGAAUAUGAGAUGCAGUACAGACGCUUAUCUCAAGAACAACUGGACAACUUUACACUGGAAAUGAAUGCAGCUUAUUCCAGGCUGAAGGGUAUUGAAAAGGCAAUGGAGAGUCAUGUUAUUGCAGAAGAGGAGGCUAGAAAGGCACAUCAACUUUGGCUCUCUAUAGAAGCUCUGCAAUACACGUUAAAAACGGCCUCUGGUGAUAGCCCAACAGAGCCUCUGCAGAAUGCUAUAGAAGCCAUUACAAAUAGCUGUGGAGAUGAUAAGUUCACUCAGGCCUUAGCAGGAGCCCUUCCUCAAGAGUGUCUUUCUCGUGGAGUGUACAGCGAAGAGGCAUUGCGUCAUCGGUUCUACACAGUACGGAAAAUAGCACGGCGUGUAGCCAUGAUAGAUGAGACAAGAAAUAGUCUGUUUCAAUACUUCCUCUCCUAUCUGCAAUCCUUUCUACUAAUGGAACCGCAAGUAACAAAGCCUCCUGAGGAACUUCACCUUGAGGGCUUGGACACGUUUAAACUAUUGUCAUAUGCCUCAUUCUGCAUUGAACAUGGUGAUCUAGAGCUUGCUGCUAAAUUUGUGAACCAGCUUCGCGGAGAACCAAGAAGGGUUGCACAAGAUUGGCUAGCGGAGGCUCGUCUAAUGCUUGAAACAAAACAAAUUAUAGAAAUUCUUUCAGCUUAUGCCAAUGCAGUGGGUUUGGGUACCACACAAGUAGAAUAAUUUGACAGAACACAGACCUCAGACCCUAUCACAGCAGAAAAAUGGACUUCAGCCCCAUACGCACUAUUCUGUAAGCACUAUUACUGACUUCACUGUUCCAGUGUAAUUCCAGUAAAUGGUACAAUGAAGUAAAAUGGUGGGAAAGUGUCUCUGUAAUUUGGUAUACUUGUUUUAUUGAUUGGACUUUGUAUUUGAACCAAAUAA